AUGGAGCCCCUUCAUGGACUAGCCCCAUGCUACAUCUCUGAUGUGUCUAUAUGUAAACCUCUGCAAUAUCACGUUAUCAUGAGAGAAACAACUGUUAAUAUUCUCCUGAUUUUUGCUUGGGUUCUGCCCACUUGUCAGUUUUCAGUGGGACCGUUGCUGAUUGCUAAUAAAAAACUCUGUUACUUUGUCUUGAAAGGAAUAAUUUGCAAUAGCACAAUUAACAAACUUCACUGUGUAAGUUCAACAGUGAUGAAUAUAUUUGGAUUAAUUCUUUUUGUAGGAUCUGUACCUCUCCCUGUACUCUUCAUACUCUUUACAUACACCAGGAUAUUUAUAGUAACCUAUCGAAGUAGUAGAGAAGUCAGGAGGAAAGCUGCACAGACCUGUUUACCCCACCUGUUGGUUCUGAUCAACUUUUCCUGCUUGAUGUCAUAUGAUGUACUUCUAGCUCGACUGGAAACUGAUGUCCCUAAAACUGUACGUUUAAUAAUGUCUUUACAGCUAGUAAUUUAUCAUCCUCUUUUUAAUCCAAUCAUGUAUGGACUCAAAAUGAAAGAAAUCUAUAAAAACCUCAAGAAAUUGUUCUUCAAAGUGCGCUCAUGUCUUUACAAAUUAUUCUGUACUCUGUUUUAA